GAUGACUUCACAUUACUCCGUUCGAGUGAUUUUCUUCGAGACACAUGUGACAGUGUUUAAUUAUUAUUGAAAAAUGGCUUUACACGUACCGAAGGCACCGGGCAUGGCCUCGAUGAUGAAGGAGGGCUCUCUGUAUUUCUCUGGUCUCGAGGAAGCAGUCUUCAGGAACAUCUCAGCAUGCAAAGAGUUCGCCCAGACAGUGCGCACUGCGUAUGGACCUAAUGGUAUGAACAAAAUGGUGAUUAAUCACAUUGAGAAAUUGUUCGUCACCAGUGACGCUGGGACCAUCAUCAGGGAGCUGGAAGUAGAACAUCCAGCUGCUAAGCUCAUGGUCAUGGCAUCACAGAUGCAAGAGGCUGAGGUUGGGGAUGGCACGAAUUUUGUCAUCAUGUUUUGUGGUGCUCUUCUCGAGGCUGCUGAUGAACUACUUCGUCUGGGUAUUACCACAUCUGAAGUGGUGAUUGGUUAUGAAGUGGCCCUUGAAAAAGCAAUUGAAAUUCUUUCGACCCUGGUGAUUCAUGAGAUUAAAGACGUAAGGAACGCCGAGGAGGUAAAGGCAGUGAUGAAGUCUUCAAUAAUGAGCAAACAGUAUGGGAAUGAAGAGCUACUGUCAUCUCUGGUCAGUCAGGCCUGCAUCUCCAUUCUCCCUGAGAAAACUACAUUUAAUGUUGAUCACAUACGAGUCUGCAAGAUCCUGGGAUCUGGCAUUCACGCAUCCCAGGUGAUCCAGGGGAUGGUCUUCAAGCGAGAUGUUGAAGGCGAUGUGACAAAGCACGAGAAGGCUAAGAUCGCUGUCUACACGUGUCCCAUCGAUAUUGCCACCACUGAGACUAAAGGAACUGUUCUCAUCAAGAGCGCCAAGGAGCUCCUCGAUUUCUCCAGGGGUGAGGAGUCACUCUUGGAGGGGCAAAUCAAGGCUAUUGCAGAUUCUGGAGCUAAAGUAAUUGUCUCUGGGGCUAAAUUCGGAGAUAUGGCUCUGCAUUUCGUUAAUAAAUACAAACUCAUGGCUGUGCGCAUUCCAAGUAAAUUUGAUGUUCGGAGAUUGUGCAAGGCUGUUGGAGCUACUGCUCUCACUAAAUUGAUCCCACCGACUCAAGAAGAACUCGGUUACGCUGACUCAGUGCACACUGAUGAACUUGGAGACACUGCUGUGGUAGUAUUCAGGCUCGAUGGAAAAGACAGUAAGAUUAGUACAAUCGUUAUUCGUGGGUCAACCGAGAAUCACAUGGAUGACAUCGAGCGUUGCAUUGACGACGGUGUGAACACAUUCAAGGCCCUCACCAGGGAUGGAAGAUUUGUGGCAGGAGCUGGAGCUAUUGAAAUCGAGUUGGCUGCCCAAAUUGCUGCUUACGCUGACACUCGUCCUGGAUUGGAGCAGUAUGCAGUGAGGAAAUUUGCAAGCGCCUUGGAGGUCUUCCCUAAGACUCUUGCUGAGAACACUGGAAACAGGGCUAAUGAGUUAGUUUCUAAACUUUAUGCAGCUCAUAAAGAAGGAAAUAAAACAUUUGGAUUUGAUAUUGAGGGCACUGGAGCUGCCGUACAUGAUGCAGUCAAAGCUGGAAUUUUGGAUGCAUUCUUAGUAAAGCAGUGGGGUCUAAAAUACGCAGUGGAUGCUGCCUGUACCAUCCUCAAGGUCGAUCAAAUAAUCAUGGCCAAACGCGCAGGUGGACCGAAACCCCCAGCAGGACAACACAAUCACAACAGCGACGAUGAGUCAUAAAGUCAUAUUACCCUUCGUAAUUUUUUUACAUCGUUAUACUCGCGAAAAUGAAUUCACACGCUUUGUUUAAUAAGAUAUACAUAUUGAAGAGAUUCGUUAUGUACCUCCUCAUUUCCCACGAUUUUCACUGCGGUGUCAUUGGAUUAAAAUUUUUUUAUUCAGCAAAAUGAAAAUUUCCACUGAUCUCCAUUGUCACGAAAAUUCAUACGGAGCAUUUCAAAGUUAAAUAAAAUUAAUAAUUUCACAAGAA